GACAGGUCCUGAUAGGUAUGGCCCGCCCCUGGGCAAGGUGCCACCUGCUAAAACAUAAAAGCCAGGUAACCCCAGCAGUUCUUGAGACUGCCGCCAUGAAGGGGAGCAGCACUCUUCUGCUGGUGGCUCUAACCCUGCUCUGCCUCUGUGGGCUGACUACAGCUGAGGAUGACAAUGAGUUUUUCAUGGAAUUCCUGCAAACGCUGCUGGUGGGAACCCCAGAAGAGCUCUAUGAAGGGCCCCUGGGCAAGUACAAUGUCAAUGACAUGGCCAAGGCAGCACUGGGAGAGCUCAAGUCCUGCAUCGAUGGCCUGCAACCUGUGCAUAAAGAGCAACUGGUCAAGCUGCUGGUGCAAGUGCUAGAUGACCAAGAGGACACAUAAGCAGCCUGAGACCUGGCUUCACUUCCACAAAUGACAGGACCAGCCACACAAACAGCCAUGGAUGGGCUAAGACCACUGCUUCCUCACAAGCGAAUUCACCCUCAAACUGUUAAAUCAAUAAAGCCUCCCGCAGCCCA